AUGGCUCCGACCUUGGAGGAAUCCCAGCCUGGGCAAGAAUCGCGACAAUUUCUUGCGUUGGCAAAGGGAUUCAACGCCCUGCUUGAAGCUGCGAAGCAACUGACCCGGCAGGAACAGCUUCUUCGAAGCCGACUGCAAUCUGCCCAUGACGAGUACCUGAGAUUCUCGAGCCAGCUGGCAGAAACAUCGACUACUCAGCAGGCGGAGGCGCAAGAGCUUCCCUCCGAGCAAGAUGCUAUGGGUCGUCAGGGUGAGAAUGGGGGAGCCGAUACAACUGAGUGGGUUCAGGGUAUUGAGGGUGCCGGCUAUCUCAGUCGGUUGGAUGCCCAGGCGGUAAUGGAAGCCUCAGAAAUUGCGAAGGCUGUUGCGGAGAGGCACUGUCAACAAGAUGAGUCUCACAAGUCCAGCAGGUGCCCGUUCGCCAAGCUUGAUAGCGGAGGUCCCAUGGAAAAGGACUUCACCACGGUUGGGACAAAAGGUAAUUUGCAUUGCCCUUUCGCGAAGUCAAACGAGCAUGCUUCCGCUGGUGGCCUGGCUACCGUAAAUGAGGAAUCAGAGAAAUGUGGAAACGAUCUGGAUCCCAUUAAGGCUGAGUUUCAUCCGGAUGCACCACCUUGUGUAACGGGCUCGACCCGCUCUGCAACCUCAAGGUGCCCGAUUCGUUAUCUAAACGCUCACACGCCGGAAGAAAUAGCUGAAUUUUUCCAGAAACAUAAGCAUGAAAUUCCUCGCAGCCAUUCGAUAUGCAUCCAGCGGUAUCAGAAAGAUCCACAGAAUCUUCGGCAAUUGGACGAGAAGUACGGUGACGUCGUGAACAUGGUCAAGGGCCUCGGGGUAUAUCAUCAACCAUACUUGCCCUCGUCACCGCUCCCGGAGGAAGAGCAAAAGCACGAGACGGAAGCUGCAGAGAGAGUUGAAAGGUGGGCUGAGGAUGUCAGUAACAAGUCGCCAAACGCCGGUGUUCCGCCUUCCAAUAUCAUCGAGGACGAUAUUGAAAUUCGGGGAAACCACUUUGAACGUUCAUUACGAGAUGUCCGGGUGGGGGAAUCCCCAAGUAGACCGUGGGGAAUCCAUGUUCCGAUUGCGCAAGAGACAGCCCAAAGCGUUGUCGCCUCGCUUCCAGUACCAGCUGCCAUGAGCAACUGGUCGGAGGUCAAAGAAUCCGUCGAGCCUUCCCAUCCAAUUCCUACCCCGUUAGGCAACGAAGGGGAAAGCCCAUCUGGGAACGGUCGCUGCCCAUUUGGCCAUCAUGCCGCGAAAGAAAGUGAAUCAUCGCAACCUGUGCAGCCGGAUCAACCGUUCAACGAAGCACGUCCCAAUAUAACUGAUACUUCCCAUGCAGGUAUACCCGAUUCAAGCCCCCGCUCCCCUCAGCCUCGCAUUGUUUUCAACGGCCCAGUUAUUUUUGGCUACAGCGGGGAGUCAGUUGCGCUAUUCCUUGAGAAACUAGGUCAACUCGGCAAGCUCUAG